UUUUUUCGUCUUUAAUCUCUGGUGUGACAAUUUUUGACAAAUUUGUGAUGUCUGUGAAUUGACUCGUAAACAUUUACUAUAAAAUAAUUCAACAUUUUUGAUACUAAAUAAAAUCUUAAAUUACAAUUGUUAGAAACCUGCAGGUAAAUUGUAGAGAAAGGUUAUAAAGUUUCUGGAAAAUUUAUAACCUAGCGCCAGCAAUUUGAUGUUGAACUAUGGAAGGCGAUGAUAUUGGAACUGAUUUGGUGAGAUUAGGCAAUGGGUUUUUGGUUGAUGAUGAGACGUAUGUCGUGAAUUCCGACGAUGUACUAGAGGAUGAAAACAAUUCUGAUUCGGGAAGUAAGAAUGCACCCCUCAGAGAGCAAGAUAGAUUUUUACCUAUUGCCAAUAUUGCCAAAAUUAUGAAGCGGGCUAUUCCAGAUAAUGCAAAGAUAGCUAAAGAUGCAAGAGAAUGUAUGCAAGAAUGCAUAUCAGAGUUUAUAUCAUUUGUAACAAGUGAAGCCAGUGAUCGGUGUCAGACGGAGAAAAGAAAGACCAUUAAUGGUGAAGAUGUUCUCUUCGCCAUGAAUGCAUUGGGAUUUGACAAUUAUGUGGAACCUUUAAGAUUGUAUUUGAAAAAAUAUAGAGAAAUAGUAUUAUCACCUAAUUUUCUGGUUACAGGUCACCAUCAACAAAUUAAAUAAGACCAUUGUGUUAUAUGGAGAGGAUGGGACCGCGUGCGUCCCAGCCGAGAGUGACAAUGAAGCUCCUUCUGACAGUGCGGUGCUCUAUGCAUAUCCAAAAGUUAUCGAGGACUUUACAAUUUCGUGAAUUUAAGGACAAGGAUGUGCUCGUGUUUAUAUUUAGUAAUGGUGAACUAUUUGUGAGCUAGGGGUUAAGGAUCAAUUAAAAUACAAUUUAUUUUAAUAAAUAAAUGUUUCGUAAUUUUCCUGCUAA